UAUGUGAACACGGAGGGUGGAGGGUACCCAAACGGUGCAGGCUAUACAUCCUCACGACAUUCGCGCGGUGGCACCUUGUGACCUAAUUGCAGUGACCAUGAUUGCCAUCCAUGGCAAGCUGCCCUCAUAAACCAGCCAUGAUGGCUGGAUCAAGCAAGAAACGAGGCAUAGAUUGGUGACCUGGUCUAUAUCGGUGACAUAUGAAGUGAGUAGCGUCUCCUUAUACACAGCGCAGAUCAUACCCGAGAAUUCAAAGGCCCCUGACAUGUCACUUCACCAGCCAACGCCGUCAAUGCCAUGCCUUGAGUUGGCAGUAACCUGACGGAGCUUGCAGGGCUGCUUGCCAUAUUGCAGACGCGACCGGCAUGGACCGAAACUCCGCUUGCUUUACAUUUGCGCGCUUGUUUCUGAUUUUCGACAACAAAUUUACGGGUCAUCUCUUUUCUAUCUGCCCAUCAUGUCCUCUAACGUGCCCAUUGCUCAUGGUGAUAUUACAGCACCGACUCCACAGAACACUCCCUUGACGCACGCUCCCAUCGCUGCUGGUCUUUCGCGUCCAACAGUCCCGGACAUCUCGGAAGAUAAUGAACCAGCCGAAGAUGAAGAUGAUUCUGCUCAGAUAACUAGUGCUCAGGCCGCGAUGUUGGGUCUUGUUCAAGGUCGCCUUGCAGAUCUCGUCGGAAAGAGCUCUGGGUACAUUGAGAGUCUACCCAUCGAUGUGAGGAAGAGUGUAGAAGCCUUGAAAGGGGUUCAGGUCAAGCAAAAUGAGCUGCAGAAUCAGUACAAGCGCGAAUGUCUGGAACUUGAGAAGAAGUACCUCGAACUCCAAAACCCUCUGUAUGAGCGGAGAAACGCGAUCAUCUCGGGUUCUGCUCAAGCUACUGUGGAGGAGAUCGAAGCUGGCAGUCAAGCUUCUUUGAAGGAUGAUCCAUUAUACACGCCACUUCCCAGUGAUGAUGCUGCACCAGCGGCUAUCCCAGAGUUUUGGCUUACGGCACUCCGCAAUCAUGUUGGACUCUCAGAGAUCAUCACAGAACGAGACGCUGCCGCACUCAAGAACCUCAUUGACAUUCGGUUAUCAUACCUUCCCAGUGACUCACCAAAACCGGGAUUCAAGAUCAGCUUUAUCUUCAGCCCAAACGAUUACUUCGAGAAUGACGUUCUUGAUAAGACUUAUCUCUAUCAGGAGGAGGUGGGCUAUACUGGUGACUUCGUGUACGAUCGCGCGAUCGGCACGGAGAUUAAGUGGAAAGAGGAAAAAGACUUAACGAAGGAGUUCGAGAUCAAAAAACAACGAAACAAGAACACAAAUCGCACGCGACUGGUUCGUAAAGCACGCCCAACCGACUCAUUUUUCAACUUUUUCUCGCCACCUGUGCCCCCACCUGAUGAGACGGAUGAAGAGAUGGAUGAAGAGGACCUGGAGGAACUCGAGGAGAAACUGGAGAUGGACUACCAGAUUGGCGAGGACCUCAAGGAGAAGAUCAUCCCGCGUGCCAUUGAUUAUUUCACUGGCAAAGCCCUUGAGUACGACGUUAUGGACGAAGACGAAGACGACUUUGAUGAGUUGGACGAUCAAGACGAGGACGGCCAGUUCGAUGACGAGGUAUGAUCCUCCCAUCUACUUGGACGUCACCCACUGUGGCUCAUCCUUAUCCAGGAUUCUGACUCUGAGGUUGAGUUGCCAAGACGUCGUGGCCCUCCCAAGGGCCGUGGCGGCUCGACUGCCGGUGCCGUCAACCCCGAAGAGUGCAAGCAGCAGUAGGCGAACAUCCCAUCUCUAUGCUUUGAGACACCACCUUCCAAAAUUUUCUGUCGUUGCAUUUGUUGACAUGAAUUAAUACAAUCUCCUGCCUGUUUCUACAUGUAAA